GCUGUCGCUUCUCUCUCAUCAGCACAGCAGACCCCAAACCUCACUGCCGCCCUCAACAGCACUGAGGAGCUGUCCAUCCUCAAUAGCUUGCUAGGCGAGAACCCAGAUUUGGUUGCAACUCUUGCCAAUGCCUCCAACAUUACGAUCUUCGCGCCUAGAAACUCUGCUCUCCAGCCAUUGGCUCAAAAUGAGGAAUUCACCGCAUUGCAAGCCAUGCCAGGCUACCUCGCUGCGUUCUUGAGCUACCACGUCUUCAAUGGCACUGUCUACGCUGCCAACAUCUCCGAAACACCAAUAUUCCCCCACUCUCUGCUCACCAACGAGUCCUUCACCAAUGUAACUGGUGGCCAAGUCGCAAAAGUACGAGCACAAGAUGACACUGUCACGGUCUCCUCUGGCCUCGGCUUCACUGCAAAUGUAACCACGGCCGACGUUAAUAUCACCAAUGGUGUUGUCCACAUCGUCGACAACAUUCUGUAUAUCCCACCAAACGCAUCUACUGUUGCACUUGCUGCCGGCCUUACUGCUCUUGCUGGCGCGCUUGAGGCUACCAACCUGACUGACACCAUUGAUUCGGCCACUGACAUCACCAUCUUUGCACCAGCGAAUGAGGCUUUCGAGGCCAUCGGCUCUGCACUUAGCAACCUGACUGCUGAGCAGGCUGCUGCAAUCCUCCAAUACCACGUUAUCAACGGCACCGUCGCAUACUCUAGCCUUCUGUCCAACGGCACCAGCGUCGACUCCUCUUCUGGUCAGCCAUUGAAUAUCACCAUCGAUGAUGGUGAAGUGUUCGUCAACCAGGCCCGCGUCAUUGCCGCCGACGUUCUCCUUGCCAACGGUGUGCUUCACGUCAUUGACUCCGUCCUGAACCCCAACUCCACCCUCGCCGCCAACCCAGAUGACGACAACCCAGUUGUUGCCUACUCUGGCGCCAGCUCAGGCAUGGUUCCAUACACCUCCGGCGUUCCCACUCCAACUGGCACCAGCAUGAUCGUUACCACAACGGACGCGGUCGCCGAGGGAUACACUACUGCCCCAAGUGAUGCGCUUAGCUCUGCGAGCCAAUCUGCAGCUGAUGCUACCUCCUCCGCAGGUGCCGCUCAAGUCACUGGUGCUAUCGGUGCUGCUGCACUUUUCGGUGGUGCUGCU